AAAUCCUGUAGACCGAUAAACAGGGUAUAACUCCUCCGAUAGCAUUACAAUACAAUGAACGAAAUCAAAAAUCAAAAUAAGAAAAAUAAAAAAUACAAUCGCCUCGUUGAAUUCAAGACCCUUCGAUAAUUAUAUCACACUCCCAAUAGGAAAAGGAGAGGAAAAAGAGAGUCUUCUCUCUCCCCCUCCAACCUAACGUUUCUUGCUCUAUCUCUCUCUCUCUCUCUGAAUUCUCAAACCAAAACUCGAACGAAAAAAAAACAAUGGAGAUUUUGGACAGGGUGGGUGCGUGUUUCACCGUAGAUGAGGACGACCUUUUGAACUUCAACCUCGAAGGUGAAGGCGAAGAAAAGGACCUCACCAUUUUCAAAGGCGCCUCCGCCUCUUCUUCCUCCUUGGAAACUCCGAACCCGGCGGCAGCGGCGGCGGCGGCUUUUGGCCGUGGGGCGCUGAGCGGACCAUAUCAUGAAUUCGUGGAGGAGGAGGAGUUGGAAUGGCUAUCGAACAAGGACGCCUUCCCCUCGGUGGAGACGUGCUUCGGCAUUUUGGCCGACAAUCCGGAGCUCGUGAUGAACCACCAGAGCCCCGUAUCCGUGCUUGAGAACAGCAGCAGCAGUAGUCACAGCAACAGCAACAGCAAUGGCGGCUCCAUCGCCAGCUGCUGCAACAGCCUCAAGGUUCCCACGAACUACCCGGUUCGUGCCCGGAGCAAGAGGAGAAGAAGACGAGGUGGAUAUGGUGAUCUGCCAAGCCAGCAAUCCUUGUGGUUGAAUCCCGUUAGCGUCAAGAGCAAGAAGGAAGUAUCCUUCACGUUGCCACCGUUGCCAACCAUCACGAGUAGCGGCGCUGGUAUGGGAAGGAGGUGCUUGCAUUGCCAUGCUGAGAAGACACCUCAGUGGCGGGCUGGCCCCAUGGGCCCCAAAACCCUCUGCAACGCUUGUGGGGUGCGUUACAAGUCAGGCCGCCUGCUGCCUGAGUACCGCCCAGCGAGUAGCCCGACUUUCUCCAGUGUGCUGCACUCAAAUUCUCAUCGGAAGGUGGUUGAGAUGAGAAAGCAGAAGCAGGGGCCGGAGGGAGAAGGGAUGCCAGUCAAUGUGUCUUGUGGAUAUAGGCUAGGAUAGUGGUCACUAGUUUUCCCUACAGCGUUGCAGCAUUUGGGCUUCUUCUUUUUUCCGACUUAUUUUUGUUGAUUUAUUUAGAGUAGUUAGAUUAGGGUUAGCAUCUCGUUUUUUGGUUUCUAUGAAAUUUGUUUAGGUCUUGUUGUAAUGGACUAGAUGGUUAGUGAAGCCAUAUUGGUUUUUUUUUUCUUUUUAUGAAUAUUCUUUAGGCAGUUUUGAUAUUUUUGGAUGAAGAUAGCCAAAAUCUUGGAAAA